CUACCGUUUGCGUGCCUGUCCCCGCAACUCGACCGACCUGAACCAGUGCAUCAUCGAGGUGGUGAACGAGCUGCGACCGCGGCUAGCGACGGGCGACUUUGGCGAAAACUUCACCAUCACCUCGCUCGAGCCGAUCAAGAUCGACCGGCUGACGAUCGAGCGGGGCGAAAACUUUAAGGCAAACUUUACCAACUUCCGGAUCAGCGGUGCGACGCACGAGAAGACGGGCUUCAUCGUGAAGAAGCUAAAAACCGAUAUUGACAAUCGACAGAUUAAUGCCACCAUCCUGCUGCCGAAGCUGCAGGUCAACUCGAAGUACUCGCUCAAGAUGAGCAUUCUGGUGCUGCAGAUCAAUGGCGAUGGUGAUCUGCAGGUGAAUCUGACCGACACCAAGGUAAGCCUGAAGCUGACGUUCUACACGGAAACGGUCGACGGGGAGGAGUACUUCCGCUUCAAUCCGAUCAAUCUGCGCGUUAAGUUUGGCAAGGCACGGUUCUAUCUGAAGAAUCUGUUCAACGGCGAUCCGACGCUGGAGAUGAUCGGCAACCAGGCGAUCAACGAAAAUCCGGACGUGCUGCUGGAUGAGGUGAAGGGCGGCAUUGAGGAGAAUUUGGCCAAACUGUUCACCAAGAUUGCGAGCGAGGUGGUCAAGGAUGCACUGUUCGAGGAGGUGUUCCCGUGGAGCUAAGGAGGCCCCUCCUUAGCGGCAAGUGUGAUAAAGGAAGAGGUGGAGAGAGGUGGUAAUAGGCGCAAAAGAAAGGGGGGUCAGAUAUAUUGAGAAACAAAAACAAACACGUGAGCACUAAGCUGUGUAUGUUGUGAUGUGUGUUUUUCUGUUGGUUCCUUGUUGCCUUGCAAUCUUGUGCGGCGUUAGAGGCGAAGCGUUUGAUUUUGAGGAGAAGCAAACGAUGCAAUAAAUAUGGAGAAUCCUUUGUUUUGUA